AAUGGAUUAAAAAAAGAGUGUAUUUUAAGUUAUUUAAAAAGAAAACUGCAAAAGAAAAUUGUUUAAAAACUAAAAAUUUCAAAAAUCAAAAAGUUGGGAAUAAAAAUCGGCAUUUAGCAAAUAAAAAAAGGCAAGCAACCGAUUUACCAACACGGUUUAGUUUAAGAUAAGACGUCUUCACUCUUACUCUGUCGGAAAAAAUGGCAGCGGAAACUUCUUCUCUCUUUCUCCUAUUCAUCGUCAUCACCGUCAUCUCUGCUUCCUCUUUACCGUCACUCGCGUCAUGGCCGUCCGAUUUCUCUCGGCAGCCACCGCGUUUCCUCGGCAAAUUCUCACACCGAACCAGAAUCCAGCAGCAAUACCGAUACGAGAUCCGGUUUUUCUCGCAGAGACUGGAUCACUUCAGUUUCUCGGAGGUCCCAAGGUUUCCGCAACGGUACCUGAUCAACACCGAGCACUGGGCAGGUCCCGGCCGGCUUGGUCCCAUCUUCCUUUACUGUGGCAACGAAGGCGACAUAGAAUGGUUCGCCGCAAACACCGGCUUCGUCUGGGACGUCGCUCCUCGCUUUAAUGCCAUGGUUCUUUUCCCGGAGCAUCGGUACUACGGGGAGUCGAUGCCGUUUGGAAGUAGAGGAGAGGCGUACAAGAAUGCUUCUACGUUGUCUUAUCUUACAACAGAGCAGGCGCUUGCAGAUUUUGCUGUGUUGAUUACUGACUUGAAAAGGAAUUUGUCUGCGGAGGCAUGCCCUGUUGUCUUGUUUGGCGGAUCCUAUGGAGGAAUGCUAGCAGCGUGGAUGAGGCUCAAGUAUCCUCAUAUUGCAAUUGGGGCACUUGCUUCUUCGGCCCCUAUUCUUCAGUUUGAAGAUAUUAUUCCACCAGAAACCUUUUAUAACAUUGUAUCCAAUGCAUUCAGGCGUGAGAGUACCAGCUGCUUUAACACCAUAAAAGAGUCAUGGAGUUUAUUAAAAUCUGAGGGUCUGAAAGCGGGCGGUCUUGACCAACUAGCCAAAACUUUCCACUUGUGUGGGGAAUUAAAGAGCACAGGUGACCUCACAAAUUGGUUGGAUGCUGCCUAUAGUUAUUUAGCAAUGGUCAAUUACCCAUAUCCUUCAGAAUUUUUAAUGCCACUCCCUGGACAUCCAAUAAGAGAGGUUUGCAGAAUGAUUGAUGAUUCUCCUGAUGGGUCUAGCACUCUGGAGCGCAUAUUCAAUGGUGUAAGCAUCUAUUACAAUUAUAGUGGAGAUGCUAGUUGCUUUGAACUUGAUGAUGAUCCUCAUGGGAUGAGUGGUUGGGAUUGGCAGGCAUGCACUGAGAUGGUUAUGCCAAUGGCAAGUGAUCUAGACAAUAGCAUGUAUCCUGCCUAUGACUUUAAUUACUCUUCUUAUCAAGAGGAAUGCUGGAAGGACUUCCAGGUGAUACCAAGGCCGAGAUGGAUAACAACAGAAUUUGGAGGACAUGAUAUCAAGAAUAAAUUGAAACUCUUUGGAAGUAAUAUCAUAUUCUCAAAUGGUCUAUUGGAUCCAUGGAGUGGUGGCAGUGUUCUGAAGAAUAUAUCACAAACUAUUGUGGCUCUUGUUACAGAAGAAGGUGCCCAUCACAUAGAUUUGCGAGCUGCAACCCCGGAGGAUCCUGACUGGUUAAUGGAACAGAGGGCAACUGAGAUCAAGCUGAUUGAAGGCUGGUUAAAUGACUACUACGGUGAAAGGAAAGCAACCUUCGAGGUGUAAAUAUGAUUGAUAGAUUGGUUGAAUAAUAAUCCUUGGGGUUGGUGUGCAUUGCUUUUAAAGGCUUGCCCAUUAUUUCUCAAGAUGUAAUAUCUGGUUUUCUUUUCUUCCCCACCCAACUUUGGUGGGUUAUAUUAAACCUAUGUUCGUUGCAAUGGGGGACAACAUGCUCGUAUCUGGAAAAGUUUCCCAUUGACGCGCCCAUAGGCACGUGAAAUAGCAUGGUAGGAGAAACAUGAUGGUUUCUGUAUGCAAAUCUACACCAUUUUGUCUUCUCUUUGGAAGCGUAUCAAAAGCUUGAUCUGAAAUGGGGAUAUAAUAGAUAGAUGGCUAAUAC